CCACAUCGUGGCCACAAGCUUAUAUUUAACAUGAUACUAUCAAAAGGUCUGUCAGAAGUAGGCUUCCCUUCUCAUUACAAGUUUCUGUAUUACAGAAAGAGUAAAGAACUUCCUCCUGAACAUUAGAGAGGGGAGGGAGCUGUGAGUCGUCCUCAGUCUACCAUUUUAAAGAUAGCAGCGAAGGUUGAAAAGGAGAAUGGGAAGGAAGAAUGUCAGAAAAUCUCAUUUAUGCUGACUUGAAUUUGACCGAAACAACCAGGCCCAGACUACAGAAGGUCACUGAUGCCCAAGAUCCUACGUAUGCAGAAGUGAAAGUGCAAUCCAUAGACACAAAUGCUGCAACAAGCGAUGCACCAUCCGGUAAAAGCUGCUGCUCCAGAACACGCGCUGCUGUAUUUGUUGCUGUGAUAACCCUCCUACUGGUCAUAGUGGUGUGUCUGAUACUCAUGUACCAUUCAACUGCAAGCAGCCCACCUGACUCAAAAACAUUCUCCACCACCUCUAAAGAGACAUUAGUGACUCUUGGGCCAGUAUCAGCUCCAGAGACUAGCAGGGAUCUCCGGCCGUCAUGUCAAAAUUAUAAACAGAAGAGCACAAACAGCACAGGCUGCCCCCCAUCUUGGGAAAAAAAAGGGAAAAAGUGCUACCACUUUUCUGAAAACCAGACAUUCAAAGCCUGGAACACCUUCCGUCAACAAUGUGCUGAUAUGGGGUCAGACCUGGUGAUCAUUGAGAACAAGGAAGAACUGAAUUAUCUUAAUUUAAGAACAUGUGGUGGUUACUACUUACUUGGUCUCAACUAUUCUGAGAGCGAAGAGAAGUGGAAGUGGAUUAACAAUGUGGACCAUAGCACAGACAUGUUUACUGUAGAAGAACGCCAUUCUGACUACUUCUGUGCUGUCAUUGGAUACGGCAAAGUAUCACCUGCAUCUUGCAAUGGAGACUCAACAAUGAAAAAUAUGUGUGAAAAAGCUGCAAAUAUUUCAGCAAGGCAGAACGAGAGCUAAAAACAAGAGGUUCAGGCAGAAAUAUGGUCCCCAGAUUCCUGUAGGAAUGGUGGAUGGGAGUUGUCUUACUUAUCUUUAGCUGCCUAACUAGUCAAAAGGACUCUUACUCUAGACAUCAUGCCAAGCUUAGCACAUUCUUUCCCAAGAUGGGUGUCCAAGACUGGAUGGAUCCCCCUCUAGAGGAGCAUGUGUCUUCACACAUUAGGAGUGACUUGCUCAUACCAGAUGCCUGACUUUCAGGCAGCCGCUGUUAGGUGGUAUGAGUCCAGCCUCAGUGACUGUGUGAUCCCAAAGAGAUUCUAUCUCUCAUAGACCCACAUAUAUAUAUAAAAACACAUACACCCCACCGUACAUUCACAGUCCUGCUUGUGAAACAAGGAGACACUUCAAAGCCUUGCCACGCACUGGUCUUCCCUGCAGCCACAAGCAAAGGUUAACACGUAUUUAUAUUUUGGAUAAAUAUCCAAAGUGCAACCACACUCAUUGCCAUGUGUCAUAGAUAUGAUUGACAGGACAAAGUCAAACGUGUGUAAAACAUUGAUUGUGUAUAAAAGAUUGACUUACUCUGUAAAAGGCUCUCUCUGUUAACAAACCACACUGGAUACCGUGCGGGGCUAAAAUGGGAUUCACCAAAAGAUAAAUGAUCCUACACCACAGCUCUCUGCGUUAAAUCACCGCUAGUCCUGUGUAGGUCAGAGAAAGUAAAUUGGAUUUAGAAUUAGACCUGCUGGGGAAGGGCACAGGAUGAAGAGCAUUGGAGACCACCAAAGCCUGAAAAACAGAGUCACAAUAAUAGCUCAACUGGACAGAAAAUAAUCUAAUCAAAACCACAGUUCCCUGUGAAGAAGCUGGUGAGAAGUAUGAGAGUGACCACAGAGACUGACAGCACAGGGGACUGUCCUGUUUUUCUUGCAUGACGAUCAAAGGGAAAAAUUGUGCAUGGAGGUUUUUCCUGCACAUAGUUAGCUAGAGCCAACACCAGAAAGAGGUGGCAUCAACAGAGCAGAGAUGGGACCAGCAAACGGAAUAUUACCAAAGCUCUUCCAGUGUGCUUCAGUGGCUCUUGGGACCUUGGAGCUUUUGUGACUCCGAGGAUUGUCAUUCUUACCAUGUCUUUUGAGGCAGAAUCAUUCCUACUUAAAAUCGUGCUACUCGUGGCUCCCUCCUUUAUCUGCAGGAUGGAGAAAGCUCUGUGAACUCUUUGAUGAAGUGACAGUGAUGUCAUACUUUCUCACUGAAAAAAAAAGAAAAGUUUUUACUGAAUUAAAUGGAAUCAUACAGGAAGAACUCUCUCAUUCUGACUUAAAAGCACAUUUUUGGUGUCCCUCAGACAAGGAAUACUUCUCACUGUCCUCAAUCAUCAAGACUCUUUUGAUACAUACUUGUAGUUCCCCCACUGACUCUUAAUCACCAAAGAACAAAGUAAAAAUACAAAGACGUAACAGAAUACUCUCAAUGGCAGAAACCAGAAUCUAAACUAUUAUUUCAGAAGGAAGCUGUACUGGAGGGGGUAUCUGCGUGUACUCAGUUUACUGGAGGGAGAGGGCCCUAUAUUGUGUUAUGGAGCAGCCUGGAGGAGGGCUGCCUUUUUAUUUUCACAUUCCAGCUGCUGCUCUUUGAUCAGGUGGGCUCUCCUGAAGGUGAGGGGCACAGAAAUCUCUCUCCCCUGGGAGACACUGGACCUAGAGGGAGUUCAGAGGCUUCACCAAGCAGCAGAUGCAAGCAGCUAUGCAUCAGAGGUGACAGAAAGGGGGAAGCUGCCC